UCGUCCCACUCACACUCUCUGUCAGAGCGCGGCGUUGACAACCACUGGCCACUGAUCAGCCCACUUUGCACGGGUCGCGUCUCCAUGCUAGACUGCUGAAAAAGGAGCUCUGUCCCUCACAUUUUCUUUUACUUGCAAGUCAAGCAUCUGACUGAAAGCAGCAAGCCCGUCCACGGCAACAAAAGCACAAGAAGUCAAAAAAACCUCCAAGUGAUUUUCUAGGCUCAUCACUGUCUGCACAAUGUCUGGAGAAGACGCACCUGCUCAGCAGCAAAACGCCGUGGACCAAAAGCAGGAAACCAAACCUACCGAGGAGCCCAAAACCGAGCCACCCAAGACGGAGUCCCCACCCGCCGCCGCCGCAGAGGCAGCGGCCACCCCGGCGGCGACCACCGAGAAGGUCCCUGAAGAGGAGACCUUCACCUACCGCGCUCUGGUGCUCACCGGCUACGGGGGGUAUGAUAAAGUCAAGCUGCAGGUGAAGAAAGGCAAGCCGACACUCAAGGCUGGUGAGGUCCUGGUUCGGGUCAAGGCAUGCGGACUGAACUUCGCCGACUUGAUGGCCAGACAGGGGCUGUACGACCGGCUGCCGUCCCCGCCGGUUACCCCGGGAAUGGAGUGCUCCGGGGUGGUGGAGGCUGUAGGGGAGGAAGUAACAGACAGAAAAGUUGGUGAUAAGGUUAUGGUGCUGAACCGCUUUGGGCUGUGGCAGGAGGUAGCAGUGGUGCCGGCAAACCACACCUUCCUAAUCCCAGAGGGGAUGAGUUUUGAGGAGGCAGCAGCCCUGCCUGUCAACUACAUCACUGCCUACAUGAUGCUGUUUGACUUUGGCAACCUGCGACCCAACCAGAGCGUGCUCGUCCAUGCGGCUGCAGGUGGUGUGGGGAUUGCAGCUACUCAGCUGUGCAAGACAGUGAAGGAUGUGACUGUGUUUGGCACUGCUUCAGCCAGUAAACAUGAGACCAUCACCCAGGGUGGAGUUACGCAUGCCAUUGACUAUCGCACCAAGGACUAUGUGGAGGAAGUCCGCAAGAUCAGUCCAAAAGGGAUGGACAUAAUACUGGACCCUCUUGGAGGAUCAGAUACCCAUAAGGCCUACAACCUGCUGAAGCCUAUGGGCAAACUUAUUACCUAUGGAGCGGCUAACAUGCUGGCAGGACAAAAGAAGAACCUGCUUGCUGUGGCAAAGAACUGGUACCACCAGUUCUCCAUCCACACACUCAGCUUGAUUCAGGGAAACAAGUCGGUGUGUGGCUUCCACCUUGGCUACCUAGAUGGGGAGACAGAGCUCAUCACCGAGGCAAUGAAUACCAUUCUGGAUUUCUACAAGGACGGCAAAAUCAAACCCCGCAUUGACUCUACUUGGCAUCUUGAGCAGGUGGGUGAUGCCAUGAGAAAGAUGCAGGAAAGGAACAACAUUGGCAAAGUGAUCCUCACUACAGAGCCGAUGCCCGAGGAAGAGAAGAAGGAGGAGACCAAGAAGGAGGAUAAGAAAGAGGAUAAGAAGAAAGAGGAUAAGAAGAAGGAUGACAAGAAGAAGGACGAUGCCAAGAAGGAGGAGAAGAAGGAGGAGAAGAAGGAUGACAAGAAGGAUGACAAGAAGGAUGACAAGAAGAAGGAGGAGCCCAAGAAGGAGGAGAAGAAGGAAGAGGAGAAGAAGGAAGAACCCAAGAAGGAGGAGAAGUGAGAGGGUUGAGUGGAUGGAUAGUCAAGCAGACCAGCAGGGAGUUUGUGUCUUGGGAUCUCGGGUGUGGUGUGGGAUUGUGGGGAUGGAUUUGGCAAUUUAGAUGGAUGGGGUGGGGUUGGGGGGGAAGUAAGAAUGGGAAUGGGUUAGAAGGAUGGAUUAGAAAAUGAUCACAGCAUUGUCAGUCUUUCACAUCCCCUCUCCAUCACCUUUUGGGUCCACAAUGACAGCGAUUACUCAGACCUGGCUCCACCCACCUCCCCCUCCCUUCCUUUUCUUGCAUUUAUGUCUUAAAGAUUCUGAUCACAUCGAAGCUCCGAACCUAUCUUCCUCUCUGACAUUGAGCGGAAACGGCCAAAAAAACAAAACAAAAAAAAAACGGAACAAAAAAAAACCAUAACAAUAAUGGCAGAGACAGAAGGAACAUGGAGGAUUGUGGGUACGGUCCAGGCCUGGGGCAAAUUACUGUUUCCCUGACAACAAUGAUCCCCACUCUCACGCCGGCCCCACCCUCGACCCCGUGCCCCUCUGCACCUCAACUCCCACUGUGCUAAAUUGUUCUGCUCUGACUUCCACCUGCCACCUCUGCUUCCCCAUCCCCUCACUGUGCUGAGUCCCCACCCUGCCCCCACUCCACACACACACCUCCCACACCACCGCCCCUGCCCACCCACCCUCAGGCCGGACCCACAGACAGGCACAAAGACGGGCAGUAAAAUGAGAGAACCACACCCACCCACACUUUGCUCUCAGUGUCCAACGCUUAGUUAUGUCACCAAGGAUGAGUCAGAGAUGCCUGUGAUUGGCUGGUGCACCUCCUCUGGAGAUAUUUGCAUCAUGGCUUUUAUCAUGAUGUUUUAUGGCUCAGACAAUAGUGUUAAUACUGCAAGACCUAACCCUGGUUGUCAUUUAUGUGGACUUAGCUUGAAGCUUGUAUCGGUGUUCAUAUAAAGCAAGGCGAAACCUCUUAACAGUGCAUUCGUUCCCACCAAAUUAAGUGAAGCUAAUAUAGAAUCUGCAGUUUUGCACUAGCCUGAAUAUGAAUUUGCCUCAUAAUGAGCCUUUCAGUCCAACGUUGAAUAGAGAGGCAGAAAUCAUUGCUCAGCUUCCUUCUCCUUAGUUACAGAUUUUUCUAGCUGACCAACUGUUGGCAAGAAGUGCACAGUGCCAAUUAAGGGAGAAUUUGUUUCUGUUUAAACAAGUACACACACAAACAUAGUGUGAUGAAUGAAGCACUGUCAUGUUGAGAUAGCGAAUCGUCUGAAAUGAGCAAGUUAAGAAGGUGAAUACCAGUUUAGUUUUUAGUUCACUCUGGAUAAGGCUUUCUUCCUCCUCACUCCUCCUUGAGGAAUUCCAUGGCUCCUUUCACAGCGACCACUCGCCUGUCGAUCAUUCUGACCUGAGAGAGGAGAAUUCACUUCAAGCUGCCGCACAUACUUUGUCUGUCUCUCUCUCUCUCUCUCUCUCGCUCUCUCUCUCUCUCUCUCUCUCUCGCUCUCUCGCUCUCUCUCUCUCUCUCGCUCUCUCGCUCUCUCUCUCUCCCUCCUCUUGCCACUUCCCUCUCUAUGGUCGGCAUAGCAACAGGCGUCAGGCUCGUCAGAGAUGGCACUGUGGUUUGUUUCUCCCCCUCUCCCAGAGUCUCUCCUUUCUGCUUUCUUAGUCUACAUUUGCCAACAGUUGGUGCUGUCGACACGUACUUCAACAGGUGUAAAAUGUAUUGAGAUUGAGGAGCUGAAGGCUUAGGCCUUUAAGACUCUAUAUAGAGAGAGCGAUGUCUGCCUCCUCUUGAAUAUGAUGAAAUUGGACAGCACUUGCUUUAAGGUGGUCAAACUGUUUUCCUCAAACUACACAUGACACUGUGCAAAAGGAAGAGUGAAUCUGCCCAUGACAAGAAGCUCAUGCUCACAACCAAGUGGUUAGAUUAAUAGCUUCCUACUUUGCACAGCCAGCUGCACUCUUCUUUUAGUCGGUAGGCGUAGUUGGGUAAAAGGAGAAAAAGUUCCUCAAUGAAGCUGUUCUCAAGUUUUGUGGAUUUGUUUGCAUAACUGGGCCAUGAUUCCUGGAAAAAGAUACUGCUGCUGAGCUGUUCAGAUGCAUUUCAUUUGAGCACCUGAGGCAAGUGCCAUAUAGUUUCACUGUGUUCAAGAGAAGUUAGACACCUUUACAGCCGGUCUCUUGAAAACUGGGCACUGAGACCAUCUAAAUAGAAAAGUGGCACUACGGGUCAGAGAAAAGACAUUUGUUUCUUUUCAUUUUUUUGGAGAGUGAAUUAUCCCUUCAAGGCCAGUCCUUCAUAUUUCAUUGCACCAAAUCCUUCACGUCUGAGUCAAUCAACUUUAAACCUUGACUAUUUAUCCACCUGCCCGCCUCACUGCCUGUCUGUGAGUCUGGCCUCUGUGUCGAGACUCAGAUGGUGACUAGUGACUUUGUAAAAAACAAAAAAAACAAAAAAAUGUUUCCGAAAAAAAGUUGUUGUGUUAGCAUGAGUGGCCUCCCUCAUGUGCUGUGUGUGGUGUGCCAUUAUGUGUGAAGAUGUGCGUGUGUCCUCAGGUCAUUUGUCAGGUUUUAAAAGCACCCCCCCCCCCCAACUCCUACCAGACGUUCCCUCCUUACACUACUCUGCUACAGUACGAUGUAGCUCUGAAACCAACCAACCAACACAUCUUACUCUAUCUCUCCCUCCUGUCUGAUAAGAGGCCUGUAUUAUGAGGACAGUUGGUAUUAGUAUUUUGCACUCUGCUCGCUGAUCUUAAUGCACUUGCAAGCAUGGCGGUCUCACUCCAGUCCAGCACAGGCUUUGAUUUUGCUCCAGGUUUGCAGCCCAUUUCCCAUCAUGCGCUCCCACUGUAUCUGCUAAAGCUCACUGAAAGCACAGGUGGCACACACACACACACAGAAACACACAAACUCAUGCAAAAGUCCCCUCAUUUUCAGCUUGCCAACUUCUCCUGGGUGGCAGCUAAAAUCAAAGCAUUCAUCCAUCCUUGACUGUGGGAAGUAAAACGUGGAGCAGGUCCGAUCGACGUGGGCUGGAGUGCGACUGGCACGCUGGUGUGGGGAGUGAUUGUGUCCUGUCAGCCUCUGGUUAGUGUUCUGUUCUAAUCUGCUGGGCUCCCUUUGUGAACCUGUGGACGGUGCUUCUGUUCCGAGUGCCAUGUGAGAAACAAACGCUUCAGUUUUGAAAUGAGAAAAAAAAAAAAAAGAUGUUUUACUUACUAUGUUAUUUUGAUUUACCUUUAUAUUUUUGUUCGUUUGUUUGUUUUUUGUUAUCCAAGGGUUUAAAGUUCAAAGCUCAUACUCUUAUGUGGGGACUUGCCAACCUGCACUCCUCUUUAAAUGUGAUGAAGUCUUUCUGUUGGUUUAAACCAUGUGUGCCAAAUUGUAUGUAUAUUCCUCUGUCCAUGCUUUGAAUAUUAACAGUGCAUAAAAAAAAUAUGAAGAAAAUUCUGUUGUUGGAUGCAUUUCCGUCAACCUUGAAGAAAAGAGAAAAAAAAAGAAAAAUUCACACAAGUUGUCACAUUGUGUCAGAUUUCUAUCCCAAAAUGCUCACAGGUGCUGACAGAAUUUUGCUGCAGUUUAUAAAAGGUUUAACACAAUCUGUAUUUGGUGAUUGGUUGUAGUCUUGCUGAAGCAUAGGCCUGCAUUGUGCCUCUCUCCUUACCUCAAUCUGAGAUGUAUUUAGUAAAUGCUUUUCGCUGUGUUUUACCAGGUCUCACAUCAUAUCAGCCCCAAUAGGAUGAUUCCCUCUGUUGGUUUACAGUUAUAACAUCAGUAUUACAGUGAAGAGGAACAAAACAUGGUGGAUUUAAGACUCAAAACUCCACCGCACCAAAAGAUGGUCGUAAAUCUGCAAAUUUCCCCCAGCUCCAAAGCUCUGUGCUAUUCCUCUCUAUGGAUUUCUUUUCUUUCAGUUUGUUUCCAAAAUGGUUUGUAUAACAAGUGAGGGACCAGAUGUUUUUUACACAGCUGUGCAGGGAAGCCAGUACUGUAACACAGCUGAGCACAGCCUCUGCUUAUUGGCUAAUCAUAGCUCAGUUCUGGCCUGCCCCAGACACAACAUUUCCGCUUUGCAGUUGAUCUCAGUUCACUCAAGGAUUAUUAAGAGUCAUUCCUCUUUUCCUGUGCUGCAUCUGCAAAACCUCUUGGCCGGUGCAACAGUUGCAGUCCAGCAGCCAGCCAAAAACUCCUCUCCAUAUCAGCCUCUUCCUUCUGCAUACACAUUCAAAGAAAAUAGAGCAUUACUUUGACAUCUGGAAUUUGAAAUUGCAUGCAUUCAUCUGCAUGUGGAAAACCGAUUAAAAUCCCUUUUCUUUUCUUUUUUUCUUUCAAUAUUUUCCCCGGGGUACUUUUGAACUGAGAUGCCUUUGACAUGAACUCAAUCAGCAGGGUGGGUGUUUUGCGUCUUGAAUUCGGGUUCAAGUGGAUCCGUCGGUUAAAGUAAAACCCACCCCUUCCUACUGUGGCCUGCAGCCUGAGAGCUUUUCCACCGUGGUGAAGCUGAAUUGUAAUCUCAUCUUGAAAUGGUUUCCCAGUCAUUCCAGACACUUAUGCAAGAGUACUUAACAACUCAGAGAUGCAAGGGAGGAACAAAACAAAAAAAAAAGUAUUUCAAAGUUUUCCAAAAAAAUUAAAGUGUUUUGUUUUUUUUGAACAUUUUAGAUUUGAUUAUACUGUCACUCAUAGUUUUAGAUCUAAAGAAAGUGAGUACAGUGAGUGUUGUAUUUCCAGCAGCUACUUUUCUAUCCGUCUUGGCUUGAAGCUGUAGUCCCUCACAGCCACCCGCCGUUUGCUUUGUGGUGAUUUAUUUCUUCUAUAUGGUUUCUCAGGUCAUUCCAAACAGCAGUUUUCCCUAUGUAGGAACCCACUUAAAUCUCAAUUUACUAACACACACAUCAUUGUUUCACUGAGUUAACUGCACAAACUGUCACACCAAUUUUCCUUCACAGUACUCACAUUUUAAGUAAGCUUUAGUGUUCUAAGUCAAAAAAGGGAGGAUGAAAGUGGUUUAGUUCCACAUUCAGAGCCACUGUGUUCGCUACACUACGAACUCAAACGACCACAUCUGCCUGCAGCUAUUAUCCUUAGCAGUCGUUUUUGAGAUAUUGCAAUGCAGCUGCAUUGCAGAGAUGCUAAGGAAGUACAACCUGACUGGGCGUGUCAUGUACAGUACUAGAAUGCAUGUUUAGUCAACAACAACAACAACAAAAUAAGGCAUGUGUGUAUGUACCGUUCUGUGUCUUUCACAUUAGUUUAGUAGUCAUGUAGUUGUGUGGUGUGUGUGAGAGAGGAGAAUGCCAGCCUGCUGCCCCCCUGCGUCACCUGAGACCCUUCAGCAUGGGAACCUCCAUGGCAAGCUGGUACAUUUACAAGACAUCUUAACCUAUCUCUGGGAAUGCUUCAGAAACCCACUUCACAUCCAUCCUACUACACACCUAUCAGUGACCGCUGGUAACUUUCUACAAGGCAUACCCAACAGGUUGAUUUCUAUAUUUCCUAUACUCUGUCCUUUCUUGUCUUGUUUUGGACAAGAAAGGACAGAAACUCUGUCCUUUCUUCUUCUUUUUUUUUUUCCCUUCUUUGUUUUUAAAUGGUUGCAAACACACUUUCUCGUCUCAACUUUGUUUUUUAAACCCUUUGAAUUGAUGCUGCUUCUGUGCUUGACUCUGGGUUUACUGCGUGGUGCCAUGUUCUCCACAUGGCCUUUAGAGCUUGUAACGCUUCAGUGUGUAAUGUUACCAUAUGCCUUACAUGUUUUCCAGGACUAAUAAAAAAAAGCAUAAUAAAAAAAA